GCCGCGUGGCUACCUUCAUCCUUUGUAAAGAACUGCUGCCCCAGAGUAAGCAUCUGAUGUUUCGCAAAGACAUUCGAUCCUGUUACCUAGACACUAUCUUUUUUCUGCUUCUCGCAUGGACUUUGUCGAAUCACCUUUUGGCGGAGAAGGUGUGGAGGUGCCCCUUGUCACUUCGACAGAUAUACGACCCGGCGAUGACAAUGACAUAUGGAUGUGGUACCACGACCAGAGAUCUCCCUUACGGUAUCCCGAUGCUGGAAUGAACGUCUCCAGCGUGCAGGGGGCUAUAGCUACGUUCAUCCAAGAUUGGCUUUAUUUCGGACUCCUCGCGGUUCUUUGCAACACUGCCAUCAAAGUAUACGACUUGUCGGUUCCUGGAAAGCAUCAUAGCCGGGUCGUAAGCUCAGAGCAGGUUCGAACCAAAAUUAUCAGUUUGCAGCUGAGCGUACUGGAAGUACCAAGAAACGAGCGCGCGGACAUACUACAACGGCAUGAGAGAAUACUAUGGCGUGCAAACGAAGCAGCUCACCUGUUCGAGAGGCAGUUCAACGUGGAUUCAAGUUCGAGAGAUUCUGUUGACUUGAUACUCUUAUCGGUCAAGGUACUAAUUGGAACCAUAUCCCGGUCUUACGAUUGGAUACGCGUCGAAAAUUCCCGGCUCCGAACUACAAUCGGUUCAGACUGGUUCAACAUCGCCCAUAGGCAAGGCGAUCAGCUAAGCCCUGCGGGUCGAGCUAUCGAAGCCAAGAUGACAGAGAACGGAUGGUGUCUACAUCAGAUACAUAAAGUGCUUUCCACGUUUAGCUAUCAGACGGCUUACCACUUCGCCAAACUUCCACGACCAGGAAGCGCAAGACUUUUGCAUGAGAGCUGCUCCAAACAGUCAUGUAAAGGCUGGAACUCCGAUCCUGGUCAUACCAAACCUUGUCAUGCUACGAAUACUUGCACAUGUCAAACUAUCAGCAUCUCGUCGGUAGAAGUAGCGAAUAUAAUCCAAGGCGGCCACAUUCCACUCAUAUCCAUCGAAGAGGACGUGCAUGGAAAUCUUUCACUCAGCCUUCACACCAAGCGAUGGUAUUCGAAAUAUGUCGCUAUCUCUCACGUGUGGGCUGAUGGCCUGGGAAAUGCCUUCGAGAAUGGUCUGCCCACGUGUCAACUUCAUAUGCUCCAAAAGUACUUUGUACAGAUCGCCAAAGACAGACCGACUGGGUCCAUACUCAACAAGAGGACGACGAAUUCCCUCUUUUGGAUGGACACAUUGUGUAUCCCAGUACAAGAUACGCCUUCAGGAGUUCCUAUAGUCGGCGACAUCAGGAGAAAAGCUAUCGACAAGAUGAGCAUUGUCUACUCAUCGAGUAGUCACACACUUGUCCUUGACGCAGAGAUGAGAACGAUACCCAUGGCGGCCAAUCACGUGACUAAGCUCGCUUACAUCCAGUGUUGCGGGUGGACAACGCGAUCCUGGACCCUACAGGAAGGCUGCUUGCCUCCCUCUACCGUCUACGCUCUCUCAGACGGCAUAUACUCUCACAAAGCUGCACGGCUCGCCAUGGCCCAAUGCGCAAUACCUGUCCGUUGGUUUCGUCACUUUUAUGGUCCAGAUCCCGACUCUGUAGCACGGCAAAUCGAUUCAUCAGUACAGCGUGAAAUCUGGACAUCAGUAUCAGUUCGGUCUUUCAGCAUCUGGGAUCCCUUCAAGCCAGAACAACCAAGAUUCAAGGAUCUCCUAGUGCGCGACAGAUUUGCUGGAGUUUGGAAUGAGCUUCUUGAUCGUGUCUCGAGCCUACCUGCUGAUACACCUGCGAUAUUCGCUAAUCUGCUGGGCGUAAGUGCUUACGAGGUACUGAAGAGGAAGACAGAACAAGAACGGGUAGCCCUAAUCAUCCGACAGCAGAGUGUGUUGCCUAUAGAGCUGCUUUUCAACACGGGACCACGCUUACGAGGAAGAUUGAGUGCGCAUGGUUCCGAGCCUUACGCUGCGUCACUAAUGCUGCAGCGCGGCACAGCCCAGGAAAACGACCCAGAAGACUGGAUCGGACUGCUAGAUAUGUCUGAGCUUCGAACCCGAUCUUUCCAGAAUGGUUGGGUGCCGGCCUCGUUAAGAGGCGACAAAUGUUUACAGCCCCUCGUAGCGAAAUAUUAUCUACAGGUUCGCGAGCAUUGUCUCCAGGUUCACAACAACGGAAUAGAAGCGGUUCCUUACAUGCAUACAACUGAGGGUCCUCUUCUUCCAAUGUCGACCUUUGUGUUAGACUCUCAGUGCAGUAAGAUCAAAGGCCACAUUACGGCAUACACAAACCGCACGUUCAUCACCAUAGACAGAUUAGUCGAUGGCUCGCCGCGCAGUAUUGACGAUCAAUCUCAAGAGAGGGUACUUGGGCACUGCUUUAUGUAUGAUCCUGGUUUGAUGUGGGCCAUGUGUCGUGGCCGCAUUGACUACGCUCCCGGAUGCCAUCUCUUGGUCCUGAGUCAGUCUGAUGGACGCAUUACUACACGCUAUAGUAGCCCAAUCCAGCUGAGACUAUGCACAGAAAACACGCAGGCUCUAGAAUCAAUCCCAACGCUUGAAUGCAGAUGUACAUGUCCUGAUUGUCCAGGCAUCAAAGACUAUGUCGACAUACUGUAUGAUGCUGACGACUUGGGGCCAUUACUUACCGCCUCUUUGGAACCCCCCGAGCGCCUCUCUCGAAAAUACUGGUUCAAUCCAGUUGCAGUCUUUGCAGCACAUUAUAGUAUCUGGGCUGCAAUAGCACCCCGUACUAAAGCAUCACCCUAUACUAGUAAUAUUCGGCCAGAACUCAACAGCGUUGUACCUGCGUCUUAUCACCAGCACGUCCAUCAUAUCAACAGUAGUAUUCGGCCAGCUUUCGUUAUAACUGCGUGGUUCAUCAUGCCGCUAGUGGUCUAUCUUUAUCAAAGUGUUAUCUUGCAACACGUAGCGAAAAGAAGAUUCCUUGAGCCACUCAGCUAUCAGGGACAACCAAGCUGGCCUUUUAGAUUCGGGGAAAGAAAUCUCCGGCAUCGUAUAGAUGCUGCUUUGGUCGCUCAUUGGCAUAUCAUGCUCUUCGGUCCUGUCCUUGAUGGCCUGUUUUGGAUCAUACUAGCGGGAUCUGGAGGAAUGACUUUCAAGGGAACUUUCUUGUCCAGGUUCCAAUUGCUCUUAACUCUUCUCAUGGUAGCGCAGUGGUACCUCUCCCUUGGGACUGAAGAUCCAAAUGUCGUUUUAGGGAGAGAUGCACAACGGUUCUACAUUCUUCUCAUGGUCGUAGGCUUCGCCAGAUUAGUGUACGACGCGUGUACUACUGGACUGACAUGGGAUGUGUUUGGGCAGUACAUUGGGAUAUAUUUCCAAAUUACUUGGGGGAAAAGGAUUAUCCCGUUUGCAAUCAGUAUGGCAAGGCUUACUAAGUCUGAGGCAGAAUAUUAUUGGGGCGAGUAUCGCACCAAACUUCAGGAGAAAUGGAACGAGAUUCGACAUCAAUGGACCUAAGUUCUCCACCGUUGAGUAGCAAGAGGGUUCCCACAAGCGUGGCUCUAGAUAGCGAUGCAAAGAUCCGGCUAGCAAAUUGAAGCGC